AUGCUAUUUUUAUUGUUAUUCGGUGGAUUCACAGCGGCAUUGGCAUAUUCAAACUCGAUGAGCGAUGGGUACUCGAAUGAUGGACAAAAGAAAACAAUUGUGAUGUCAGAACCGGCUCGAGACAAUCUUAUAUUAAGAUCAAUUCGAAAAAACGCAAUACAAUCACUUCCCAAUCUUCAGCACACUUUUAAUGUGCAUAAAAUGAGAGACUCUUCGCUGCAAAGUGAUAGCUUUGAUUUUUUGGGUGAACGAGAAUUGAGGAGAAGUCCCGUUGUUAAAAAGAAAGAAAAAGCUGAAGAAGUCAAUUUGAAAGAUCCGGAGAUCAUGAAAAUCAUGGAUGAAAUGAACGGGGCGAAAGUUAAUUCAGCAGAGGUGCUACAAAAAGAAGUAACAACUGUUCCAAGUAUUGUACCGCAUUUCAAAAAGAGCAUGUACGAUGUGGAGGUGCUUCCUCGCGAAUAUACGACCGCAUUGCCGCUAACGUUAAUACCUUUCAUUUCUCCGCAAGGCGAACCCCCGAAAUUCUCGAUUUCACUUGAUCCAUUCGAGCUUAUACAAAUUGGAAAAGUUCGCUCAAAACAAAAAGGUGAUCGUCUCAUCUCUUCAGUGACCGUUGAACUGAAACCCAAUGUGGAGGAGAGAAUUCAAAAGAUUACUAAUGGAUCCUAUGCAUUCGCUGUGAAGGGAGAACAGGGUGAUAGAGAAGAUGUGACGAUGAUUCGAGUAAAAUUUCAUCCGAUUGUGAAAAAUAUGACCACAACCACCCCAAUCCCCUCAAAUUCUUCAUCUCGUACAGCGAAAGAAGAGGAAACGUUUAAUAAAGGCGUCGUUGAGAUCUUGACACCAAUUUUGACUUUUGAAGCAAAAGGAGUAAUUGAUGAAAUCAUCUAUUUCGAUGACACGAUCCAAGUUGGCGAGAUUUUAAGCGAUUUCAACUUUACGGUUCUUCGAGAUGGAGAGGAUCAAACGGGCACAAUCUCUCUGAAAACAGAUGAAGAAGAGUUGUUGAUGCCUACUCCACGACACAUCACUCCUGGGAAAAUAGCUCAUUUGAUUGUCGCCGAUCGGGAAACGUUUUUUGAGCAGAAAAAUUUAGAGAUUACGGAAUCAAAACAAUCUGAUGAAACUUUGCCAAUCAUUGAAGAUAAAAUAGAGUCAAAAGAAAAAGCAACUAUAACCAAAAAUGAGACAAAUGGGGAAAAGGAGAGAAUUUUGAUUGUUGAUAAUGAAGUGACAGCAGUGGAGACACUCAUCGAUCAUUCGGUUCAACAGUCAUUGGUGAAAAAGCUCAACGAGAAUGAAGCGAUAGAUCGAAAACAAUGGAAUAUGAUGUCCGUUGAAGCGUCGAUCUCACAAUCAACCGAAUCGGAUCAACAGGAGAUUCCAUUGAUCAAGGUCUUCUCAUUUUCUGUACCCGAAUCAGCAAAGAGUGGGACGAUUGUCGGAGAGAUAAACGAUUUGGAUAAAUAUUUUAUGACCGAUGAUGAAAAAUUCUCCCUGCAAUCCUCGCAACUCGUUGUUUCGUGUGAAAACGAGGACGUUUGUUUAGACUAUGAAAAGGAGAAUGAGUACAAAUUAUUGCUGUUACCAAGAAAUGAAAUCUUGGAUGACAACGACUUCCUGAUUCCCAUUGAGGUGACUGUGAAAGUUGAAGACAUCAACGAGUUCCCUCCAAAGCUUCGGGCUUUCGAUUCAAUGAUACGAAUCGCUGACGGAGAGUUGAUCAUGCCGUUUGCUAUUGAGAUUGACGAUGAAGAUAGCGGAGAGGAGAACGUUCUCUCAAUCGAAGGCACAGCUGCCGAUUUCUUGACUCUAUCAAAAAUCGACAAGAAACUCUAUGAAAUUAAGACAAACAAAUACCCGCUGAAAGGAAGUUACACUAUGAAAGUGAUUCUCAAGGAUCGAACUGGGAAAUUCCCGGAAGCACAAUACGAUGUGAAAGUUCUUGUAGCGAAUACCAAAUCGCGAGCACAUUUCCGGCACCAGAAAUACGAGAAAUUAGUGAAAGCGGAGCUUCUCAAAAAGGAUAGCCGUUUGGCCGAGCCAGAACUCGAAGGGAUCCCCAUCGAUUCGAUUCGCUUUGUGAUUCUCAGUGGAAACCCAGGAUGGCUGAAAAUCGAUGACUAUCACGGGCAUAUACUCGUUUCAAAUAUUCCUGAGAAUGGAUUCCCUACAGCGAAACAUCUUUUGAGAAUUGGAGCCGUGAACAGAGAGAAUGAUCUCGUGAUGGCUGAAUGUGAUGUAGAGAUUGAGGUUUUAGAGGGAAAUUCCGGGAUCUCCCCGUUCGGCCAACCAAUUACCAUAAUCUCAAAGCAUAGAGAAAACGAAGAACCCCUUGCAAUCCCGUUAAUGCUUUCAAAUGGAGAAGAAGCCGAAGUGGAAAGUGUUGAUGGGAUUGACGAGAAUGGGAUGAGGAUUAAAUUCGAUGAGGCAGUGAUUCUUGAUAAACAUUUGGUCAUCCCGAGAUCGAUUUUCGGGUCGUUGAGAACCGUUCACGUUGAGCUUUCAAAUCGAAAUCACAAAGCCUCAACAACCAUUCAUCUCACAUCGACGCCUGAAUAUUUGGAGAAGAAAAGAAAAGAGGCAAAUCAGCCAGUUUUUAUUCAUCCAUGGACGAAAGAGAAACCGAUAAUUACUAGAGAAAUCCGCGAAGAGGAGCCGCUUGGAACCAUUGUGUUCGCUCUUCCGGCAAACAAUCCAAUGACAGGAAAAAUGGUCUCAAUCAAAAUGACGGGAAAAGAUGCGAGAAAGUUCACUUUGGAUCAAGAAACAGGAUCAAUCUUUGUUAACGCUCGUCUCGAUUUUGACUCACUCACUGCCGAUGAAAGAGAAAUGGAAAUCAUUCUUGAGGCCGGCGAAAAGGGAUACACUUCAACAGCAACAAUAAAUUUGAUCCUCAUUGAUCUUGAUGACAAUGCACCUCAAUUCGAGAUUGAGAAGCCACUAGGAAAGAUUUCUUUACCCGAGCAUUCCCCCUCAAAGACGCAAAUUAUGAGUGUAAAAGUGAACGAUAAAGAUGAGAUCUCUAAAGGAAAACAGAAAUACACGAUACUUGGUUAUGGAGUGGAGAAUUUUGAACUGAAAGAGAUCAACUCCUCUGCUGUACUCACUGUUGCCGCAAAUGCAAAUUUGGAUAGAGAAACUCUCAAAGAAUACAACUUGAUGUUACUUGUUGAGGAUCCUGCCGGAAAUCGGGACACUCUUUAUAUUGAAAUUGCUCUAACGGAUAAAAACGAUCAUCGACCAAUGUUUGACGAAAACUCUUAUGACAUUGAGGUGAUUGAACACUGGCCUCCGGGCACGUAUCUUAAUCAAAUUGUUGCCAAAGACUUCGAUGAGAAUCAAUCGAUCACUUAUACACUUCAAGGAAACGAAAGUGAACACUUUUCCAUUGACUUAAAGACGGGAAUUCUCAAAAUUGCUAAAUCUCUCGAUGGCUUGGGCAGAGAUCAACCAUAUGAAUUUACGAUAAUGGCUACGGAUAAUGGAAAACCUCCAUCAAAUAGCAGUGUUCCUUUGAGAAUCAAAGUCUCACUCCCAAAAUAUAUUUUGGAGCACGAGAAGAAUCAAAUCAACUUCAUCUUGCCUGAACACGAUUUUGUUCUGGAGAUUCCUGAAGGAACCGAGAAAGGGACGGUCAUCUACAAUGCUCGGGCUGUUGUGAAAACUGAUGGAAAUCAGACAUCGAAAAAUAUUCGAUAUUCGGCUACACCUUUGAAUGUGGAUGAUGAAGGAUAUUUUGAUAUCGAUGAGGAUUCGGGUGAUAUCCUUGUGACAGGCGGGAUCGAUUACGAGAGAAAACAAUGGGUUACGUGUUUUGUCUAUGAUUUGACGAAACUGACGUUCGCUACAAUCACUUCUCAACUUCUCUUGACCGUGGGCGAGAAA